AUGGAACAAGAGAGCUACAUCUGCGGUGAUGCCUAUGACCCGAUGACAGAACUGGAGCAUGCCGUGGACAAAGCCGUUGCGAACAUAUUUGGUAUUUUCGGUGAAGAGUUUGGGUUGCGGGUCGGCGGGUCACUGUCCAAGAACAUGAGCGUGCGAAGAGCGCUGGAUGAGCUCUUGGCUCGUCAGGAGAGCGUGUUUCUGGACCAGCAGAACUGCCAGCGGAUGGACCAUCAGCUUCAACUGGCAUCAGCGAAGGCCGGCUGGCUCACUCGUCGACGGUACCUGGAACAAAUCAGCAUCGAUGAGAAUGCCAUGAGAAGGUCUGCGGAAAUGGAGCUGGAAGGCACGGAACUGCGACUCGCCAUGGCAGAAAAGGCUUGCCGCCAGCUGAUGCAGCUCCGGGCCGAGUUCAUCCCGUCGGAGGUUGCGCCGGAAGCACCGUCAUCCCCAUCCGCCAUCCUGCUCGGCAACACGCACCUCCGCGUGCCCCAGGAUGAAGCAAAGAAGGCGUCUGAGACCGAAGAGCCUUCAGGAGAGCCGACCAGCCCUGCAGCAGACACGUCGGCAGACCCCUUGCCGGACGAGUCCUGUGAUGCACCCCGAAAUCCGCACGCUCGGCUGGUGUGGAGCCAGGAUCCCUCUCCCGAUGACAUGCUGCGCCAGAGAAGCUCGGAGUCAGAGCACCUCGCAGAUGACGUCCAAGUGUCGGAGUCGGAGCAUUCCACCGAAUAA